AUGAAUUUAGCGUGUCUUGUAGUCACGCUUGUGAUAGCGCUGGCGCGAGUUUGCUAUGCUGACGGGUUCACGCCACGGGUUAGCAGGAUCGCGGAGGGCGCCGCUUUCAGCUACAACAUACAGCCUUUUGACGACUCUACGACGAUAAUCCGGUCUUUGCAGUCUGGGAUAUCGGUUAGCAAGGACAAUGGUAGGACGUGGAAGCGGAUUAAGAAGGUGAAGGCGGACUACGCGUAUGUGGACCCGUUCCAUAGCCACAGCAGGGCGAUUGCGAUGUCGUUCGACAAGCCGGGGCAGAUCUACAUCACUGACGAUAUGGGAGAAAGCUGGAAUAGGGCUGUCAUGGAUCUGGAGUACGGCGAAAAGUCGUCGGGGGGCUGUGUUUUGCUCACGCAUCCCAGCAGUGGAGAUUAUCUGAUCGCGCAAUGCGACGUGUGUGAGAGUUUCGGAGAGGAGAAGGGCGGCUCGGAGUUAGAUAGCGAGCCGGGGAACGAGGAAGACGAGUCUGGGUCUUUCGGAUGCAAGCGUUACUCGCUUAUAUCGAAGGACGGCGGCAAGAGCUUCCAGCGGGUUCGGGCGUCGGAAGAUGCGGAUGUAGUGUGCUAUUUUGGCGCGUCCUCGCCGCAGUCCUCGCUUGUAGAGGACGAGAAGACCGUGUACUGCCUGGAGCGCGUCGGCGACUCCGAUGGCGGCGGGCAGCCCGGGGCGGAUGUCCGUUCGAGGUUGUUUUACACUCGGGACUUUGGUAAGACUUGUCUCGACGUGGAGCAGUUCAAAGACAUGAUGAUUAGCUCGAUUCUGGUGCUCAAGUCGUUUCUUGUUGUGUUUACGCAGGAAGACAGGUUCAACGAGUUCUCGAAUAAGGAGGUUUGGGUAUCCGCUGAUGGAACUUUGUUUAGGAAGGCUCACCUGCCCACGCAGCUGAGAGAGGUAGACGAUUUUGGUGUGUUCGAAGACUCCCUGGGGAAGAUAUUUCUGCCGAUAACGACCGGGGAAAACUCGCGGAAAUCGUCGCAGGUGUACGUGUCUGAUUCGCAGGGCUUGAAAUUUUCAGCUAUCCCGUGGACUACAGAAAACCCCGAGGGCUUCGUUAUGAUUGCGGAGUCCGAAUACCUCCCAGGAACGCUGUUAGCGCAAUUUGAGGGCGUAAGAAGAUCGUCAAGCGAGGCGAAUAAGCCUCGUAUGAGAGCAAAGACCAAGAUCUCUUUUGAUGGCGGUUUCAGUUGGAAUAACCUAAAGGUUGUCGAUGAUCCUGAGAACAAGAAGGAUUACCCUUGUGACAUCGACGACGUAGAAAAUUGUUCCUUGCACGUUCUUUUUGCGUUCCAGUCGCAGCCUGGCGCAGCUCCCGGCAUCAUCAUGAAACUGGGCGUUGUUGGCGAUGGAACUCAAAUCAAUUUGGAAGAAGCGGACCUGUUUCUAUCGACAGACGGGGGUCGCACGUGGAAGAAGACAGCGAGUAGCAGUAUAUCUCUUUUCGCGUUUGGGGACAUGGGGAACAUUAUGGUCCGGUGCCCGUUCGAUCCCGAUCGCGACGGCGAUCCUCAGUCGGAGUUCUACUAUUCGCUGGAUCACGGACAAACCUGGAAUGAAUAUCAGCUCGAGAAAGCCAUUAUACCAACUGAGCUCAUCUCCACGACACCUGACGGUUCCGGCGCUAAUUUCAUUCUUAAAGGCUUUGACGGGAAACGAAAUUCGAACUUCUUAUAUGCCAUUGAUUUCAACGAAGCCUUUGACGGCAAGAGAUGCGGAGACGAUGAUUUCGAAACCUUUUAUGUCGCCGACGGAGAAUGUGUGAACGGUGUUAAACGUAAGUACAGCAGAAGAAAGUCGUCGUCUUCCUGUCUGAUCCGCAAGCCGUUUGUUAAUCUGGAGUGGGAAGAAGAGGUCUGUGAGAUAUGCUCAGCAAAGGAUUAUGAAUGCUCCUUCGAGUUCUCAAGAAAUGCCGAUGGUCAAUGCGAACUCGAUUACCAACUCUUGAGCGUCUCCGAUGUGUGCAAAGGCUCACCAGAGGGACAGCUGACGUUAAAACCCAUGCAGCUUAUGAGAGGUGACAUGUGCCACCGUGAGCUUGACAUAACACCUGUGGAGGUCUCAUGUGGAUCACUCUCAGAGCCAGAACAGCACGCCAGUGAGGUUUCGGUCAAGGAGAAUGAGUUUGACUCAAAUAUUGUUUUCUAUCAAUACUUUGACACUAUGGAACACGAAACAAUCGUUAUUGGCACAAUGAAGAAUGAUAUUUACAUCUCUCAUGAUUCCGGACAAACUAUCAAGAAAUUUGAUAUGGAUGAUAAGAUCAUCGAGGUAGUCUUCAAUCCAUACUUCAAUUCAUCAGCUUAUUUUUUCGGUCUGAGCGGUACACUUUACGUCACGAAAGAUAGAGGAAACUCUUUCCAUGAAACGAAGCUGCCACAAGCCAGACAACUUGGAUUUCCGCUUGAGUUUCAUGCUAAAGAUGAGAACACUUUUAUCUACUACGGUGGGAAGGACUGCGACUCUAUGUUUAGCCCAGAAUGUCAUGCGGUUGCAUAUAUAACAACUGAUGCGGGGCAAAGUUUUAGAGAACUUUUGGACAAUGCAAUCCAUUGCGAGUUCAGUGGCUCUCAGUUCGAAUCUCCUUACAACGAAAACCAAAUUUUCUGUCAAGUCAAAGAAAAGCACUCGCAAACAAGAGCAUUGGUCUCUUCGAAUGAUUUCUUCAUUAAUGACAAGACAGUGUUGUACGAAAAUAUCAUAGGCUAUAUGUCAACUGGUGAAUUUACAGUCGUUGCCAUUCCACACGAAAAUGGGGAACUUCGUGCGUAUGUGACUGUAGAUGGGCAUGAGUUUGCAGAGGCAAAAUUCCCAAUGGAUGCUACAGCGGAGAAACAAGAGGCUUUUACUGUUCUCGGCUCACAAACUGGAUCAAUUUUCUUGCAUUUGUCGACAAGCAACAAAAGAGGGGAAGAAUUUGGAGUGUUGAUGAAGUCGAAUUCAAACGGGACUUCGUUCGUCACCCUGGAAAAAGCAGUUAAUAGGAACCAGCAUGGAAUGGUGGAUUUCGAGAAGGUUCAAGGACUAGAGGGAAUUAUAUUGGUCAAUACCGUUUCCAACCGCGAGAAUGUUCUGCGAAAGGGAGAGCCGAAGGAACUUCAGUCACGUAUCACAUUCAAUGAUGGUUCUGACUGGUCUUAUAUAAAGCCACCAAAGAAGGAUUCAGAGGGGAAGCGUUUCGAUUGCAGUAAUAAACCUUUAGAGGCAUGCGCAUUGCAUCUUCAUAGCUAUUCUGAAAGAACGGAUAUCAGAGAUACAUUUUCUUCUGGUUCGGCACUCGGUUUCUUAUUUGGUGUUGGAAAUGUUGGAAGCCAUCUGCUACCAGAGGAUGAGUGUUCCACUUUUUUCAGUUCUGAUGGCGGUGAAAGCUGGAGAGAGGUCAAGAAAGGAGCUUAUCAAUGGGAGUAUGGUGAUCAUGGAGGGGUUUUGGUUCUGGUCCCCAAAAAUGUCCCCACUGACAUUCUAUCUUACUCCCUAGAUUCUGGCGAAACUUGGAAAGACUUUAAAUUUACCGAAGAGAGAACAAUCGUUCAAGAUAUUGUUACUGUACCCGGGGACUCGGCUUUGAGAUUCCUGCUUCUGUCUCAGUCGACCUCUAUUAGAGGUGGGUCUACUAAAACAUUUUCCAUCGAUUUUACUGGGAGCUUCAAGAAACAAUGUGCCUUUAAUAGGGAAGACCCCGCCCAUGACGACUUCGAUUACUUACCUCUAGGUGAAUCAGGAACAAAAUGCUUAUUUGGCCAUCGAGCAAAGUACCUAAGAAAGAUUAACAACGAGUGCUAUGUGGGCAAUGUGCCUUUGUCAGACUACGUGCAAAUUACAAACAAUUGCUCGUGCACUAGACAGGAUUACGAGUGCGAUUACAAUUUUGAGCGCUCGGUAGAUGGAACAUGUAAACUAGUGAGCGGGCUCAGUCCAAGUGAUCCGUCGGACAUUUGCAGGAAGUCUGAUGCGGUGGAGUAUUUCAAGCCCUCAGGUUACAGAAAAAUUCCACUCUCUACUUGCGAGGGGGGCUUGAAACUUGACGCGGUAUCUGACCCAAUUCCUUGUCCUGGCAAAGAAGCCGAAUACAACGAAAAGUACGGAAUUCAUGGAUCUUCGUUCUUUAUCAUAUUCUUCGUUCCGUUUGUUAUUGUUGCCCUGCUAGCGUGGUUUGUGUAUGAACGUGGAAUCAGAAGAAACGGCGGAUUUGCGAGAUUUGGCGAAAUUCGGCUGGGAGACGAUGGUUUGAUUGAGAAUAACGGCACCGAUAGAGCAGUCAACCUAGUCGUCAAAUCGGGACUCUAUGUGGUUUCCGGCUUUUACGCGGGUUAUCUACUUGCCAAGCGGUCACUUGUAAACGCAGCUGCAAAAGUGAGCGAGAGAUUUGGCAGGAGAAGAGGCCCUACAUAUUCAUCAUUACUACACGACCAAUUCCUAGACGAUGCAGAUGACUUACUAGAGGGACACGACGAUGACGCGAGCGACCUGGGAAACUUUUUGGAAAGUGAAGCAAACUUCGAAAUAGAUGAAGACAAUGCAGGCGACGCUGUCACUCAGCAGCUGUACUCUGACGAGAUCCCGCCAGCUGCAGAGGCGGAUGAUAACCAUGGCGGCCAAAACGAAGAGCUGUAA